AUGAAAUAUCACGUUCUCAGGUAUUUGCUUGCAAAAUGUUACUAUGACUUUGGGCUCCUCACGGAAGCGGAAGAAGCCCUACUCGGUCCCUCGUUAACACAAAAGUCUCUGGAUGAAUUCUCUUCAUUUUAUGACGAACAAGCAGCAUACGCCAUUCUCUUACUAGGAGAUAUUAAUCGUCGUCAAGGUCGAAUGAGUGAAGCUGGAAAAUGCUAUAAGAAAUGUCUUGAACUCAAUCCUCUCAUGUGGAGCGCUUUUAAGAACUUGUGUGCCAUUGGGGAAUACGCGAAUCCAUCCACUGUCUUUCAAAUACCAGAGGGUUCUUGCUUACCAACUCCCACAUACAAGGUUCUCUCUCAGGCCCUUGAGUCUGUUGGAAAUACAGAACUGUAUCAUUCCCUAAUUCAACAAGCACAGGAGAAUAAAGAAAAGCUGGAAACCAUUUGCAGCCGGGAAAAUGUCAACCCAGACAAACCGCCUGCCGAUAAUACACGCUUCGGUAUAUCUGCCACAGAUAUAUUGCAAGAAAAACCACUUUCUGAAACAGCCGAUAACACCAUGAUGCACCGAACUUUCGUAACUCAUUGUGCCAGAAAUCCUGGUAUUCAGAGUAUCCCUGAUUUCAAUGAGCCCAUGGAUUUUAUGCAAACUCCUCAGUAUUAUCCUCCUAUUUCAUUGGAUUUGAAAGCCCCUAAACCGGAGCAUGUACCACGAACUGUUGGUAGACUCCUUUUUGCAGACAAUAUUUCUGGUGCGGAUUUACAGACACCAACGUCACCUAAGUUCGGUGCACUGGCCAUGCUUUCACAAAGCCCUAUGUUUGCAUGUGUUCCGGUGAGUUUUCAUUAA